ACAGGGGAACUUCAACGACGCGCAGACCGCAGAGCGCUUCCUUCCGCUGCGCAACGCGACUCUUACCCUCUAACGCACGCGUAUCGUCUGUAACACUGACAAACGUCUCAGCGUCCUGCGGGGUGUUUUGCAUGAGAUUUGGAUUUUGAGGCAAUUCGGACUAAUCACGCAUCUGCGCGGCAAAGUUGGGAGUUUGUUGUUGUUUGUUAAUUUUUCUGUCGCAAUGAAUGGAAAGCGCGAGACGUUGAACGUACGUUGAGCGCGACAAAAAAAAAAAAGGCUCGCGGUUAAAGAAGCUGAGAGCUGAUGGAGAUGAUGCACUGAACCGGGACCGUAAACGCGUUACCUGCCUGCCGGGGUGGUGUUUUUUUCCUGAUUGUUUUGAUUGUUCACUGGGAAAGAGGUGCGUGCGUGCAGCAUGCGUUCCACGCGCACUCUUACCGGAUUCACCGGCGCGGCUCGCGGAUUCGUUACCGGAUUAUUUCAUCUCAGGGUUUGGUGAACCAGCUCGGAAUAAUGGUGAGGAGAUGCCUGCUGAGCAUCAAACCGUUCAGGAUCUUCGUGUUGGGGAUCGGCUUCUUCAGCCUGUGCUUUUUAAUGACCUCUCUGGGAGGCCAGUUCUCGGCCAAACGUCUCACCGACUCUCCAUUCACCGCCCGCACCGAAGUGUUUGGAGGCGUGGAGUCUCGAGGUGUCCUGAGGAAAAUCAGUGACAUGUUGGAGGUCAUCAUGAAGAGGAUGGAGGCUCUGUCGAGGCUGGAGAACGCUAACGACUCACGGCGUCUGGAGGAGCUCAGCUCGGUCAUCAGCAGGAUUCAGCCAGCAGGACUGGUAGAGAGAAUUCAGGCCAUCGCCCAAAACGUGUCGAACAUGGCAGUGCGAGUGGAGCAGAUUCUUCAGAACAGCAUGGCAGCAUCAAGAGUCGUGAGAGAUGGAACGUCGAGUCAGUGUGAAGUUCCCCAAGAUGCGAAAUACCCCGAUUGCGCUAGCAAAGUGGAUUGGAUGAGGGCGCGCUGGACGUCGGAUCCGUGUUACGCCUUUUACGGAGUCGACGGCUCGGAUUGCUCCUUCCUGAUAUACCUGAGUGAGGUGGAGUGGUUCUGCCCCCCACUGGCCUGGAGGAACUACAGCACAACAUCUGCAGUGCAGAAAAACUCAGCUAAGAGACAAGCGGCAUUCCGCACAGAUCUGGGUGCUCUUUUGGAUCAGGUGGGCACAGGUAAAGAGUCUCUGAGCUUUAUGAAGAGGCGGAUCCGCAGGUUGGCGGUACAGUGGGCUACAGCUGCCCAGAGACUCGACCUGAAGCUGCACAGACGAUGGAGGGAACAGAAGAAGAUUCUGGUGCAUGUAGGUUUCCUGACAGAGGAAUCUGGAGACGUUUUCAGUCCCAAGGUUCUGAAAGGCGGACCUUUAGGGGAGAUGGUGCAGUGGGCUGACAUCCUCACGGCUCUCUACGUCCUCGGACACAACCUGAAGAUCUCCGUCUCGGUCAAAGAGCUCCAGGGGUUCCUGGGUGUUCCACCUGGAAGAGGAAGCUGCCCACUGACUGGACCUUUGCCCUUUGACCUCAUCUACACUGACUACCAUGGGUUACAGCAAAUGAAGCAGCACAUGGGGCUUUCCUUAAAGAAACACAAGUGCCAUAUUCGAGUCAUAGACACGUUUGGGACAGAGCCGGCGUAUAACCACGAGGAAUAUGCGACGUUACACGGCUACAGGACCAACUGGGGUUACUGGAACCUGAACACCAGGCAAUACAUGACCAUGUUCCCUCACACCCCAGAUAACUCCUUUAUGGGCUUCGUCUCCGAGGAGCUGAAUGAAACCGAGAAGCACAACAUCCAGCAGAACAAAGUGAAGAACAUGGCCGUCGUCUACGGCAAGGAAGCCAGCAUGUGGAAAAGAUGGUUCUGUAAACCAGAAGCUGUUUAUUUAUCUGCAGAGUUUUGUCUAAACUACAACGGUUUUCUCUUCUUUUUCCUGAAUGCCAUCAUGAUGCAGCUUCAGGGUAAAGAGAAGUUCCUGGAGAUUCUACAUCACUAUAUGGAAGUACAUGGGACGGUGUACUAUGAGACACAGCGCCCCCCUGAGGUCCCUGCAUUUGUUAAAAAUCACGGACUGCUGCCUCAACAGGACCUCCAACAGCUUCUACGCAAGGCUAAGCUCUUUAUUGGAUUCGGUUUUCCUUACGAAGGCCCCGCCCCUUUAGAAGCGAUAGCCAAUGGAUGCAUUUUUCUGCAGCCCAAAUUUCGUCCUCCUCACAGCUCGCUUAAUCAUGAGUUCUUCAGAGGAAAGCCAACGUCCAGAGAGGUCUCCUCUCAGCACCCGUACGCCGAGCAGUACAUCGGCCGACCUCAUGUCAUGACCGUGGACUACAACAACUCGCAGGAGUUUGAAACCGCUGUCCGUGAGAUCAUGAGGAUGAAGGUGGAUCCUUAUCUGCCAUAUGAAUACACCUGUGAGGGAAUGUUGGAGAGAGUGCACACUUACAUCCAGCAUCAGGAUUUUUGCGGGCCGGAGGCUCAGUUCCCCCCCACUAACAUGUCUGUGGUUUGGCCUGGAGGUGUGUUCAUGCGGACGGACGACUCAGGGCUCGUAUCGUGGGCAGUGAACUCGACAGCGCCACCCUCAUGGCCUCCGCUCAGUGCGCUCAGACUCACCGUGUCGGCUGAGGGGCAGUCGUGUGUGGACGCCUGCAGAAGCUCAGACCUGGUGUGUGAACCUGCUUUCUUCCGCUUCGUCAAUAACAAAGAGGCGCUGAGCAAGCUGCAGGUGCAGUGUGAAGUGGUGGAAUUUGAGAUGAAUCACAUUUUUCCGGCCUUUUCCACGACGGCACGUGAGUGUGGCCUACAGAAAGAGCCUCUGCUGUUCAGCUGCGCAGGCUUCGGUGCGAAGUACAGACGUGUCUGUCCUUGUAGGGACUUCCGUAAAGGACAAGUGGCACUGUGUCAGGACUGCUUAUGACGGAUUUCUCAUGAGCUUUGGGAUUUUCCUGAAACCCUGCGUAAUAUUUCACACAAUAGAAGGAGAGUGGAAAUUCCUAACUGAGGCUCCCGGCUAGAUGUCCAUCUCCACCGUCCACUCCAAUAUUCACAGGACAUAAAAAAGUCAUUCCGAUUCCCCUUCAAACAGGAAGUAAUAACCGACCGUACUCCUUGCAUCAUGUGUUUAUUUCCUGAGGUUAAAGCAGAGGAUCAGGCAACCCUGAUAGUUAAGACGUGUCCAUCGUAACAAAGGUCAAAUAAACUCUGCACAACAAAGUGAACAAACUGGAACAUCGAUCUGCAUUAAAUGUGCAGAAGAUUAUUUUUUAAUCAAACUAAAAUAUUUGAAUGUAGACUGUGAAUUUUUAUGACUACACAAGUUUGUGAUGUAACUUAUAUAACUAAUAAAAGAAAGACAUUUA